AACUUCUGUUUUCUGUGGAGCGGCUGACCAGAACUUACCGCAUGAACUUUGAGAGAGUUGCGCGUAAAUUAGUCUAUUUUCGUAAACUCACCCGAUAAUUGGACCGAAUAAGCGUCAAUAGUGUCUUUACAAUGAAAUUCCAAGAGAUAUGGGCAUUUUCUUUAGGACCAAAGAUGGUGGUGUCUACAUUGUAGCCGAGAGAAAAUUUCUCUGGAAGUAUUAGCAUUAGAAACGUUUCCUGUAAUCGCACCAACAAAUGGAGUAAAGGAAAGGAGGGGGCGCCAGAAGAAAAGGAUCAAAGACGCGGUCAAGUGAUAGUAAACUCUAGAGGACUCUGAGCAGCGCUGGGAGAUGGAACAGGUCCGCAAAUAAUGUGUCAUAUUAUUAUUGGAGGAGCUGCGUAAGCCUCCUGGGACAGGUCAUCAUCGCAGCGGUGUCAUAAAAAGUGAGCGGCACUUGCAGGGGGCACCGGACGCGCAGCUAGGCGGCACAUGAGAAGCGUUUUACGCGCAGCCAUCAUUCAAAGGAUACUACUGCUACAACACAAGUUAUAACUAAGCUUGUGUUCCACACUGGAGACCCUGCUCAUCCCUUUCUGGCAGAUGUUUUUACCAUCUGGACUUUCAAAAGGUAAUUGGAUAUUCUGUUCAGUCAAAUCAAACUCGUAAUAGUUGCUCACUUUGGUGUGCUGUGGUGGAUGGCAGCUAUGAGAGGACCGCGCACGCACUUUGCCAUGGGUCUGGUGCUCCUUGUGUGCGCACUAACGGGCCGAAGCGUGAGCGCGCCCUCAGGAGCCUCCCCAACGGGGCGCGCGCAGCAGGAGGAGAAGGAGGAGAGAGAGGACUAUAGGCGGCUGGUGGAAGCGGUUAGGCACGUGGAUGAGAGCCGGGGAAGGGGAAGUGCAAGGAGAGAAACUGCGUUCUCAUCACGAAGAAGAGCUUCAGCUCUGGAGGCGAGGGAUUUACGAGGCUCCAGGACAGGCAGAGGAGAACAGGUGGCAGUUUUCCCUCCAAAUCUCAAAAAGAAGGGGAAAUUCCUCCAGCACAUAGCAGGUCCACUGUAUUUCAGUCACAAGUGUAGAAAGCACGCGUACAGACUUUACUACCAAACAAGAGACUGCACAAUACCAGCAUAUUUUAAAAGAUGUGCACGACUUCUCACAAGGUUAGCAGGCAGCCCGCAGUGCAUGGAGGGAUAACACGCACAAGGUUAGGAGGUGCAAUCAUUUGAGUUGGCCAGAAGAAAGAAAACUUUUGGUAAAGAUAUGCCUGGAACUGCAGGAAGAGGGCAGGCUAAAACAUAGACUGUCCAUCCCCGGCUGAUUUUAGGCUCCACGUUGGCCCUCUGAAGAGUCCAUCAUGGACAUGGAUUACUACCUGCCCUCGGAGCACUUCAUUGGUCGGACGUGAUCACAUGGGCGCAUCCAGGCAACAUCACCAAACUAACACAUACAUGGAGCAAGGACCAAGAGGAAAAUAGACAGAGGAGUGGUUGUGAUAAGAAAAAAAUACAUUUUUUUCUGCUGCUGUUACUGCUGCCAUUCAAAAAGAUGUUCCUAAAACAAAAAGGGAUUGCAUAUUUUUUAUUUUGCCAAUAUCUCUGAGAAAAAGACCAUCAGCAUGGUAUGGGGUGACUGACUAUGUGCGCAGUUUGAAUGUGCCCAUCCAAUGCACUACUAAAGACAAAUGAAGUUGUGCGUGCUGCAAAAGUACUAUCGAGGACUAAUUCUUAAUUUAUUAACACAAACUCUGAUGUCUUAAGAGAAAGAUGACAUGGUGUGCCAUUUAUCUGUGGGUCUUGGUUGUACUGGUAAAGUCUAUAUUUAUGGUCCACACUGUACAUAAUAUAGACAUAACAGUUUAAACAAAGAGAGAAUAUUUACAUAUUGUAAGUUAAAUG